AUGACGACUCGGUUCUGUUGGCUGAUCUUGUUGGCCAUAUCCACCCAAUCCUACCGUGCGGCCGGUGCCGCACAUCCUGCCACGGAAGUGACCAAUCAAGAGAUCCGUGAUGCCAUCCUGUCGCUGGUACACUCCUACAACACGCUGGACAACAAGCUAGAGCGCCACGAGCAGCGUGAACGUGCCCAUGCCGAGCAGGUGAAGAAGAGUCUUAUUACGGUGCAGAAGAAUCUGCGUGGGUUGGAUCCGCUUCCGGGCAUGAUUAGCCGUUUGGAGAGCCGUACCGCUGACAUUGAGACCGCACUGCUGCAGCAAGGAGAUCAAAUCAAGACAUUCACCCAACAGCAGGCGAAGGUCGGCGAAUCGCUGGAAGGUAUUCUGAAAUGGUUGACCGAGAAUGCUCAGGUUUUGGAGACACGCGCCGGUAACGGAGCGGCACGGGACGACGAUGACGAGAGUGUGGCGAGCAAGUUGGAUGAGGUGGCGGGAACCGUUCGGGAGUUGCGCCGCGAGUUGGCCGAGCUGAAGAGUGAUCGUGACGCUACUGAGGACGUCAAUCGUCAGUUGCUGAAAGAAACGGAAAAACUGGUCAACUCGAAGCUUUCCUCAGCGGAUGAGAUCAUAUCGAAGAUGGAAGAGAAGCUGUCACAGUUCUAUCUGACCAGUCCGGUGAUUGCGACGCAGAACGUAGAUUUCGAGGAGAAGGUACUGCGACAGCUGGAAAGUUUGAGCAACGCGGCCGGAGGAUCGGCCAGCAACUCGCUUGGCAUGGAACCAUCGGCUAUGCCCGAUAAGCAGUUCAUCCAAGGUCUGGUUAAUGAAACGCUGGAAGCAAUCAACGAUAUGCGUCUGGAGGUGUUGACUGCAUCCGACAAGAGCUUCACUAAGACCGCGACGCGCAUCAAGGAAAAUAACGAGGUGCUGCAGUCAUCCGUGGACGAUAUAUUGAAGACGCUGACGGAGGAGCUAACCACCGCUGAAGCGUUCCAUAACACGGCCAAGGAACAGUUUAACUCGAUGAACGAAACGAUGACGCGGUUGUCAGGCUUCCUGUACACGGCGGGUGAAAACAUUCUGGAUGCGAAGCGCGGCAUCGACUACGGUAUAAUGCAGAUCACGCGCGACGUCGGGGACAUGAUCAAGUCCAACACGGGUAGCCUGAACAAAACCGUUUCGAGCCGUUUCGAUGAGAUCGGCGCUACGAUUCUGGACAACCACAACGGGGCGCUCACCAACCUCAGCUCGAAGAUUGAAACGGAGAUCAGUCAGGUAUGGCGUCAGAUUGGUAUCAUGUACCAGGAGAUCUCGUCCAGCAAGCAGGCGCUCGACCGUCUCCAGGAACAAACGGAAACGUACGUCAAUGGUACGCUCAACACAAUGGACAGCAUGGAGGGCAAGGUCUCACUUAUUACCAACCGUAUGACAGAGGUGGACUCGAACCUGAACUACCUUCUUGGACGCCUCUCGAUGGUAACGCAGGAGUUCAAUCAGAUCAAGCUCGGCCUCGGUAAAGCGCUGGACGAGAUAAAGGGCAGCUUCACGGAGGUACACAACCGCGUCCGAGGUCCCGGACCACACCGAAUCUCCUCCGAGGAAGUCGUCGAUGACUUGGGCAAUGAAACCACCAAGUAA